UCUAAGCAGAGGAACCGCUAUCAUCAUCUUCAUCAUCACCUAGUGUCGGCAUGAGUGAGGAGGAGCAGAGUAACGGCUCGCUGUUGGCCAGGAAGCCGUCCCGCAUGCCCAAGUGCUCGCGCUGCAGGAACCACGGCUUCGUGUCGCCGCUGAAGGGCCACAAACGCUUCUGUAGCUGGAGAGACUGCCAGUGUCAGAAAUGCAGACUGAUCGCUGAACGACAGAGGGUCAUGGCAGCCCAGGUGGCGUUACGGAGGCAGCAGGCCCAGGAGGAAGAGCUGGGUAUUUGCAGUCCGGUUAACCUGUCCGGUUCAGAAACUCUGGUGAAAAACGAGGCCGUCGGUGAUAAUGUGUUUACUAUCAUCCCAGGGCCGCCAUCACCCAGCACCAGCAGUGCCACCGCCUCUCCCACCAACCUAGGGAAUCGUUCCAUGCUGGCUCUAAGUCCUGCGGCGACCAGCAGAGGGCACACUGAGGGUACGUCUGACCUGAUGGUGGAUGCCUCCUAUUACAACCUCUACCAGCCCACACCAUACUCAUCCUACUAUAGCAACCUGUACAACUACCAGCAAUACCAGAUGCCUAGUGGAAAUGGUCGCUUGUCCAGCCAUAACGUGUCCCCCCAGUACCGCACACACUCCUACUAUUCCUCUUACCUGAGUCAGGGGCUCGGCACGACUGCAUGUGUGCCACCCAGCACCUGCCCUGAACCCAAAGCAGCAGCUUUCUCUGAUGGAGCUCAAGACUCUGUGUCCAUCAGCUCGAUGAUCAACACUGAGAACAGGCUGGAGUGUGAGAGCAGCUCAGAGUCUGGAACCUUCUCCAUCAACUCCAUCGUUGAUGGGGUAACCAAAUAAAAAACCCUCACCUUCACCAAUCUCCCAUCUAAUUGAAUUGUUUCUGUAUUUUCAACUUAUUGUUGUUAACUCAACUCAACAUUGUGUAGUUAACACUGAUCAGGUUGACUGUUGUGGUGUUUUUCAACUUUUUAGGGGAUUCUAUAAGAUUAGGUUAUAAUUUGCUCUUAGUUUCUCGAUGAUGAUCAGAAAUGCAGUUUACAUAGAUUGCUGUUUCAUACAGUUUGAUAGCUUCAGUUUGUUUACUUUGAUAGUGCAGUUUUUAAAGAUUAGAAUGAGUCACUUCCACUCCAUAUACUAUAAUGAAAGAAAUGGCAGAGCACAACGAUUUACUGCCAUAUAUCAGUUGUGGCUCAGUAUUGCUGUCAUUGGCCUAAUGAAUAAGCUAACUUCUUUCCAUGACCUUCAAGACGCAAAGUAUAUGAGCUCUUCUCCAGCAUCUCUAUAGUGUUGUGUUGUAGGCUGUGGGACAGUUGGGUUAGAAGAGAUACUAUUAAAUUAUUCUUCAAUCUCGCAGUGAACAGCUUAUUUAUUUAUGGCAAUCACUAAAGGACAUCAUUUAACUUUUGAUGAUUUGCAUCAACCCUGUUCCUAUGCAUGAUCCAGCUAAUGUCCAGUGCUCCCCGUAUUUUCUUUGUAUAAUAUGAAGCUGUGACCCUGAUUUUAAUGGUGUUGUUGGCACAGAUAAUGUCCUCAGUCAAGUCACAAAUAAAUGGUAAAGGAGAAGA